AUGGCUUUUUCUAAUUUUACCCUAGUUAUUGUUUUGGUAAGUGGGCUUACCAUGGCUCAUUUUUGUUGGGCCAGACCCCCACUUGAUUGGAAACUCAAAUACCUAGUAGCCCACAACACGGCCCGUCUAAAAGCGUUGCAACCUCCUCUAGUAUGGAACGACACCGUUGCAGCCUUUGCUAGAUCUUAUGCAAAACGGAGAUCCGUUGAUUGCAAAUUAGAGCACUCUCAUAACCCAAUCUUAGGUGAGAAUAUAGCAAUGAGUACAGGAGAUUUAAGCCCAGUCCAAGCUGUAGAUUUAUGGGUCGGUGAAAAGCCCAAUUAUGAUAUUGGUGCUAAUGUUUGUAAAAAAAUGUGUGGACAUUUUACACAAAUUGUUUGGAGAAAGACUAGAAGUAUUGGGUGUGCCAAAGAAAGGUGUCGAAAUGGUGGCACUUUUAUUACUUGCAAUUAUUAUCCUCCAGGAAAUGUUAUUGGAGAGAGGCCUUUUUAA